AUGGAAAAGUUGAUAAAGAUAAAUGAAAAAUCAGCAAAAAGACAUUUAAAUAAAGGAUUGACUAUUGGUCAGGUAGAUAAUAAAGCUGUCGGAUAUAUUUCUGAUAUUGAAGUUGAUAUUAAUGACAUUAAA